AUGAAAACAACUCGUCCUAUCUUCCCGGCACCGGCACCUCCCAUCAAAACGCCUCGUCUCCUUCUCCGUCCCGUUCGACAAUCUGAUCUUUCUGACUUUCACAUCUUGCGUACUCAGACUGAAGUGAUGAUGUGGACGAGUUCAGGCAAACCAGAUGUGGAUGAGCAGGCUACUCAGAUUUGGUUGAACCGGUUUCUCCCUCCAAACGAUGCUACCACUUUCAACUUUGCCGUCGAAGAACUCUCAGUACCAGGGAAGGUCAUCGGCGUUAUGGGGUGUCAUAUCGCGGAGCCACCAGAAGUUGGCUACAUGUUUGUCAAGGAAGCUUGGGGGAUGGGUUAUGCCACUGAGGCUGUCCAAGCUUGGCUGCAAGCAUACUGGCGACUCCCCCGAAAAGAAGUGGUGAUCGGAGACGAUGUGAACGAUGACACUUUCAUCCCAGAGACUUUGAAGGCGGAUGUCGAUCGAGGAAAUAUGGCGAGUGUGCGAAUAUUGGCUCGGUGCGGCUUUCUUGAAACAUCGGAGGAAUUGAUUGAAGAGCAUGGGCAGAAGGUCAACGUCGUUCAUCUCGCUCUUCGUCGGCCAGAGUGA